AGUCCAUCCUGGAAUGUAUUGACAAAUCGUGUAGAAUUAUGACUUGGAGGAAAAAUUUAAUUAUUCUAAAGCUGAAUAUUGUUCCAUCUAAUCGCUAAAGAUGAAAGACUGAAGUAAUUAGUCACAGGCAUAUAUUUUUGGAAGGAAACAGGAUGUGAUGCUUGAAAGUGAAAUACUGUAUAUAUAUUGUGCAUUAUAUUUCAAAUCAUACUUGGCAUGCUGCUGGUUGACCUACGUUAGAACAAGAAAUUUGAAAUCCGAGCUGUUGAUAUUACCUAUACAGUAUUGGAAAGAUGAGAACUGGAAAAAAAUCGCUACCUAGAUUCCGUGUGCAGAUCUAUAUCAUUUAAGAACAAUUAUUGCUAUAGCAACAGAUUGUGACAUUAACACACUCAGAGUAUCCAAGAAUUCUGUCAAAAUUGACAAGCAUUGGAGACAGGCUGCUAGCUAGCUGCCAUUGUUUAGUUACGUCCUUAUCAAAGGAAAUUUUUUUUUAGGGAAGCUAGUUUAUCUCAUUGCAGAGCUGUUACACCUUGUGCAUGUCUUACUGAAUUACGUGGUGUUGAAACUGACUCCAUGCUAAUAUGAAUAUAUGAAAGGAAGUUAAAUCUGAAUCAGAAUUGGAGUGCAUGCAUGAUGAUCGAGUCUUAAAUCAGUGUCUGAAUGAAUAAUAACGUAUACUGUGUCAUAUUGUACAGUGUAUCUAUAAGUGGGAAAAACUUCCAUCAGAUGUGUACCAUCAUGUAUUGUGAUAUAGUGUUACUAUAAUUUAAUGGAGUCUGACAAUAUCCAGUUGGAGAUUAAUAAGGAUAUCUCCCCACCACAGGAAGAUCCACCCCCCAGUAAACAAGUGGGGGUUGAGGAGAAGGAGGAGGAUGAGUUUGAUUUUGGAGAAGCUGUUUAUGAUGAGGAAAAAUAUGGUAAACCACUGACAUAUGACAAGAAUUUCAAAGGACCAAUUAAAGACAGAUCCUGUACAGACAUAAUAUGUUGCCUGCUGUUUGUAAUAUUCAUAGCAGGACUUGUUGUGGUGGCUUUCUUUGCAUUCAAAUAUGGUGAUCCUCGUCUCCUGAUAUAUCCUGUGAACUCCAACAAUGAGCUCUGCGGCUACGGCAAACAGCUGGGUAAGCCAUAUCUUUUGUUCUUUGACUUGGUGGCCUGUGGUCGGAUGGGUGUGGGGGUGUUUGUCACCGGCUGUCCAACCCCACAAAUUUGUGUAUCAGCAUGUCCAACAGAAAAUAACCUUAUGUUAUCAACAAAUGCAAAAACAGAUCUGAAGUACUGCAAAGAUGGAGUUGAUGCUGCAACAUCAACAAAAACUGUGAAUGAAUUGACAUCUGAUGAAGACUGUGCCAGAUAUUGGUUCAAGAGCAGGUCAUUAAUAAACAGAUGUGUGCCUUCAUUUUUGAUCGAAGUUCUUGAGAAUGGUGCCAAUUUAGCUGACGAAAUUUCCAGUUCUGGUGCAAAUGCUUCAGAUGCUAGUGGAAUUUCGUAUGACAGCUCAGUUAUGGAAGCAGGGCUUAAUGUGUAUGGAGUGUUUCUAAAAGCCAAAGAAUAUGGAGAGAAGAUCAUAGAAGACGUUGUCACAGCCUGGUGGAUGAUUCUCAUAGGCCUGCUACUGGCCAUGAUCUUUGCCCUUAUCUGGAUCAUCAUCAUGAGAUGGAUUGCCGGAUUCAUGGUCUGGAGCACAAUAUUUGUCUUUAUUGGACUGUUUGGAUUUUCUACUACCUGGACACUGUACCAGUACUAUCAACUGAAGGAUUCCGAUCAGAGCUUCCACAUACAGUUCUCUGUUAUUCAGAUGGAUAUGUCCAAACCUAAGCUGUUUCUGGCUUUUGGUAUCAUAUCUGGGGUCAUCCUGCUCAUUUCCCUUCUAAUUCUGCUGUUCUUGUGCUCAAGGAUUAGAAUUGCUAUUUCACUCAUCAAAGAAGGCAGCAAAGCGGUAGGCACCAUGAUGUUUACUCUCCUGUGUCCCAUAUUUCCGUUUUUCCUACAGAUUGCGGUGGUAGGCUUCUGGCUUACCGUGGCGGUAUUUUUAGCAUCCACUGGGAGGAACCAAUCUUUUGAAUUUAACAACAGCACAGAAUACAAAUUUCCCAACGGAAGCUACAAUUAUGACAGCAUAAAGUCAGCCUCAUCACAAUUUUUUGGAGCAGCAUGUGACAACAAUGAUUCUUUAUCCAGCAGUGAAUUUUGCACCUUUUUGAAGAAUCAAGAAGAGAAUUUUGCCUUCUACUCACAAAUCUUCAACCUUUUUAUGAUGUUCUGGCUGGUGAAUUUUGUCGUUGCACUUGGACAAAUGACCUUGGCAGGUGCCUUUGCCUCUUACUACUGGGCAUUUCAGAAACCAAAGGACAUUCCUGCAUUCCCUCUUCUUGCUUCCCUCUGGAGAUGCUUCAGGUAUCACUUGGGAUCCCUUGCUUUUGGAUCCCUGAUUAUAGCCAUAGUACAAAUGAUCCGGGUCCUGUUGGAGUAUGUGGAUGCCAAACUAAAGGGAAAGGAGAACCCUGUAGCUAAAUUCUUUGUGAAAUGCCUCAAAUGCUGUUUUUGGUGCCUUGAAAAGUUCUUGAAAUUCCUGAACAAAAAUGCUUACAUUCUUAUUGCUGCUCAUGGGAAAAAUUUCUGUACUUCAGCAAAGAAUGCAUUCAUGCUGAUCAUGAGAAAUAUUGUCAGGGUGGUGGUGAUAGACAAAGUAACGGACUUCCUGCUAUUCAUCAGUAAACUAGUUGUGGUAGCCUUCGCAGCGGCGACAUCCUACUUUUUCUUUGAUGGCCGAAUCGAGUUUCUUGCCUCUUUCACUCCGUCCCUCAAUUUCUAUGUAGUACCUAUUGUGCUGGUUACACUGGGUUCCUAUGUCAUAGCCAGCUGUUUCUUCAGCGUGUACGAGAUGGCUGUUGACACGCUAUUUCUCUGCUUCUUGGAAGACUUGGAAAGAAAUGAUGGUUCUACAGAGAAGCCUUACUACAUGAGUAAAGACCUACGCAAAAUUUUAGGAAAGAAGAACGUGAUUGCACCUAGUGAAAAGAAGGAAUUCUAAUGUCUGUGAUAUUUAUGACAUGACUCCUCAUAAGAUGAUCAAGAAAUCCAGGCAGUUCUUUGUGACCUUAUUUAGCCAUAGUUUGUUACUUGUUAAUUUUCUGUGCAGUUACAAGCAUAUUUGGCUGUUUGUCUCGUGUAUAUAUUAUAAUUAUUUGGAUUUUUAAUUUUUUUUUUAUGUGGGUGAAUCCAUAGAUAAAAUUACUAUAUUAAACAAGAAAUAUUUUUAUAUAUCUUCCAUGUGACCAAAACAUCAGUACAUGUAUGUACCAGUAAUGGUUUCUAUGUCAGUCUUUCACAGAGUUGUAGAUGAAAUUCACAAAUAUUUUGAAUACAUUUUUGUACCUUUUGAUUCAUAAGACAUGCAGUUCAAUUUGCAUUAUAAACUUAAAUUCUGCCUCUGCUGGUUAUAUGAAAAUUCUGAGCUAGGAUAUCAUUAUAAUAAAGGAAUGCCAAAAUAAAUCAUUAAAAUAAUCAAAUCAAUUAAUACAUUCAUGAUUUUGCUUUCAUAUAAUAAAUGCGGAAAUUAUGGGAAUUUUCCAAGAGAUGACUAGAUUUAAGUAGAAAAACUUCACUAGUUUUCAAUGUGUAUUAUCUUUAAAUUUGUUACUGUGAAUCGAUCUUGCCUUUAAAGAAUCUUGCCAAUUUUUUUUUUUUGAAAAUAGUGCUACUCCUAGUUUUUAAUCAACCUCAUUGCAUUAUGCUGAAGUGACAGUUUACAGGUAACUAUUAUGCAAAUACAACUGCAAGUGCAACUCCUAAUUACACAUAUCAUAUGUUAUUUAAUUUUCAGAACUACUUGUGAACAAUGAAUGACCGUUUUAUUUCGAGUUAUAAACGAUUCUCUUUCUUCCUUGUCUUGUGAAUUUAAUGUUAUAUUUUUAUGUUUCAAUGAGGAAAUGCUUUAUGUUGUACUGUAAGAAUCAGUGAUUCAGUAUUAAAUCAAUUUUCAUUUGCAAA